GGAUAUUUGUGCUCAAUGAAAUUAUUAACAUUUGUAAAGGAGUAAAGCGACUCAAAUGAGGCGUGUAUACAUAGUUGAGAGACCGUGUAUACGUAUUUAGCCAUCCUUUUUUUAUCUUCAAAAAUCACCAUUACAACAAAUUUCACCUUUCUCUCGACACACACCAAUGGCAGCAACAACAACAACAUCAUCAUUUUUCUCCAACUUCAAAUACUCCGACAGUUUAACCCUCGUCGGAAUUUCAAUUUGCACCGCAAUAAUAUGCGAGGCAAUUUCAUAUUUGCUAAUCUAUCGCACAACUUCAUACAAACAACUCAAAUACUCCAUCGAUAAAGCUUCAAAAAAGCUCGAAACAAUGAAAACUGGUGAACCAACACCAUCACUAACUACAAAGAAAUCGAAAACUAAGAAGAUCGAUCGGGUCGAAUCUUCGUUGAAAGAAUCAACCCGAGAUCUGUCGUUAUUCAAAUUCAAAUCAGGAUUCGUUGUUGCGUUUGUGCUAUUUAUGGUUUUCGGGUUUUUGAAUAGCUUAUUUGAAGGUAAAGUUGUUGCGAAAUUGCCGUUUGUGCCCUUUAGACUUGUACAAAAGAUGAGUCAUAGAGGUUUACCUGGUGAUGAUAUGACGGAUUGUUCAAUGGCGUUUUUGUACUUUCUUUGUUCGAUUAGUAUAAGGACGAAUUUGCAGAAGUUUUUAGGAUUUGCACCGCCACGUGGAUCUGCUGCUGGAGCUGGGUUGUUUCCAAUGCCGGAUACGAAGAGUAAUUGAUUGCAGCGCGGUGUAUUAAAGCUCCGGGGAAUUGAGAGAUCCAGCUGAAUUGGGUAUUAUUUAGAGUAAUAAUGUUUUUUUUUUUUUUUUUUUUUUUUUGCUUACAGAUUUGAACUUUGAGGUAAUUAUAAGGUUUCGUGUUGUUAGUUGAUCGAUUUUGAAUAAGAAGUUUGGUUUAAUUGGAGUUGUAACUGAAUCACGCUGGAUUAAUUUUACUUGAUGUUUAGAUUA